AUGGCGCCCAUUCCAAAGACUCAAAGAACUAUUCACGAUGACUCUACCUCAAUUGGUAGACGCUUCGUUGAUCUUGCCAAGUUUCUAUCCUCACUAAAAGGCGACUUGGAUCUCGCAAAUGUCACGGCUCCUCCAUUCUUCCUCGCUCCAUCCUCAGUCGUAGAAAAUCCAGGGAGUUGGGCUCAACGACCAUGCCUUUUUACAGCCCCUACCAACGAACUCGAUCCAGCAAAGCGAAGUUUGUCGGUUCUACAAUUAUUCCUUGCGGGUCUUCGAAGUCAGCUGUACGUGGCUGGUGCACCCAACGUCAGCAUCAAGAAGCCUCUCAACGCGUUUCUCGGUGAACAGUUCCUUGCUUCAUGGAGUGAAGGGGAUAGCAACACGAGAUUAGUCGUCGAGCAGGUCAGCCAUCAUCCGCCAAUUACCGCUAUGCAUAUUGCUAGUGAAGGUAUCAGAGCCGAUGGAUACGGCAGAGUCGAGAUGACGUUUAAUGGGAACAUCAACAUUCGUCAGAUGGGCCAUGCAAUCAUUCACCUGGAUAGAUUCGACGAAGAUUAUCUGGUCCCACUUACGGAUGUCACCGUACGAGGAUUCAUGUCUGCAUGUCUUUAUCCAGAGAUUAUCGGCACAUACACCAUUAACUCAAGCUCGGGGUACGUCUCAGAGAUUGAUUUCUCAGGAACGGGUUUCUUCAGGGGAAAGAGGAAUUCUUUCGAAGCGAGGGUCUACCAUAAAGACCAACCCAAGAAGAUUUGCUACAAGGUAUCUGGAGUGUGGAGCGAGGGCUGGAAGAUUACCGAUGCCAAUGGCCUGGUAGAAACAUAUACUGUUGAACCAGAGAAAUCAUCCAUAAAUAUGAAUCCCAUCGAAAAGCAAGAUCCACGAGAAUCAAGACGAGCUUGGGGGGAUGUCAUUUCAGCUCUGCAGCAAGGGAAUUAUCGAGAUGCAUCUGCAGCGAAGCAUACAGUGGAGGAAGCCCAACGGCAAAAGAGGAAAGAAGAAAAGGCUUCAGGAAAGAUAUGGCAGCCAGCUUUAUUUAAUAGUGUUCCGGGAGAGGAGCAUGACGUGUUUCAUCGGUUGUCAAAAGUGCUCGUUGCACUUGUAGCGUUGCUAUUCCCACAACAAAAGGAUGAACAUCCGCCAUACGUCAAGGGGAAGAAUGGCACGGCAUUGUUUUUGGUGAACCAAGAACAUGGCAUAUCAAAUGUGCUCGUUGCUUCGGCCUCAGCCAUGCUCGAGACAUACCCCGAUAUCGACAUCCACUUCGCCUCAUUCCCCAAACUCAAGGGCAAACUCGAAAGAGUCUCCAAGUUCGCUAAACGAAAGACGCCUUCAGCUCGCGAUAUUGUCUUUCAUCAACUCAAAAGUCCUUCAUACGCGGAUGUGAUCCUCAACUCAGGCAGGAGCCUCGACGACGUUCCUCAUCCUCCAGGCCCAGCUGGUAUUUCUCACCUGUGUAAAGAUAUCCAGCUGUGGAUAUCGCCGUGGUCCGCUGAGGAGCACUUUUCCAUCUACGAGGAGAUUAGUUCUCUCAUUGAUGAGAUUGAUCCUGCAGUAGUAGUAAUCGAUACUCUAUUCCGACCAGGACUUGAUGCAACAAGAGACAAGAACAGACAGCAUGUUUUUAUCACGCCUAACCAGGCUGUCGACAACUUUCUCGGAGAACAGCCGUACGGAAGCAUGUUUUGGAAAUAUCCAUCAAUGAGCUCUGGUCUCCCAUUUCCAGUGCCAUGGAACAAGAUCCCUGAGAAUAUCUAUCUCAACAUCCGAUUUAUUUACAGCGUAUUGAGGAUGCCAGACGUUACUGCCAAGCGAAAGGCGCUUCGUGAGAGAGGACUCAAAGAUCCUAUUAACUUCUUCGGCAUGUAUCGAGAUGAUGUGCCUUGGAUUACAGUCACAGCCGAUGGAGCUUCUAUUCCGGUAGAUUACCUUCCGUCGAAUGUCACCACCACAAACCCGAUUGUUCUUUCUGUUGCUCCAGCCAUUGAGCAAGAUCCCGUGCUUGUUGAAUGGUUGAAGAAAACACCAACAGUCUUGAUCAAUCUUGGCAGCACAGUCAGCUAUUCUGAAUCUCAAGCGUCAAUGAUGACACAGGCCAUUGCCAAUGUCCUUGAUAAGGUUGACAUUCAAAUCCUUUGGAAGUUCAACAAGGUCGGCACCUACUCAGAUGACGUUUUUCUCCCCGUCAAGCAACAUCUUGUCAGCGGUCGUCUAAAGCUGGAAAGAUGGCUCACGGUUGAUCCAACAUCAUUACUCGAAUCAGGUCUUAUCGUUGCGUCUAUUCAUCACGGAGGAGCCAACUGUUACAACGAAGCAGUUUAUGCCGGAGUUCCUCAUGUCAUUCUACCACUGUGGGCUGAUCUCUACAGUUACGCAGCACUUGUCGAAACCAUUGGGAUCGGUGUUUGGGCGUGUCCUGCCACGAGCCCAAAAUGGACAGUCGAAGGGCUCACACAUGCCUUUUUGAGAGUUCUCGACGGUGGAGAAGCGAGUGUGAGUAUGCGUGAGAAGGCUAGAGAUUUGGGAAACAAAAUCCAGGCAACAGAAAAGGGACGUGAUGUUGCUGCCAGAAAGGUAGCCGAGCUGGCUUAUUCUGGGGUGUAA